GGUGGAAGUGGAACGCUGCGUGUUGAGUCGCCGAGGCGGGCAGGAGGGGAGGGCAGCGAUGGGGAGCGAGAGCCGGACCGGCGACGCGCAGUGCCGUGAUUGACGGACGGGACGGCGGAGAAAGGUGGAUGGUUGUGGCUUGCCAGGUUAUUAUUGCUUGUAGCAAGGAAGCCGGCGAGUGCGGAUAAUGCGGAAUAUAAUGGACUGAGAAGGAAGGGCGGACGGAAGCUUAGGUGAGCUAAGGGCACUGCGGUGCGUUGCCCUGGGAUUCCCGCCGGAUUUAUUCCCUCUCGGAGUAAAUGGGGUCUCUGAGCCUCGGAAGAAUCGGAUGAUCCACCACGAGCACCAAAGCGCAGAAAGCUCCAGUUUUUUUCGGCCAAAGGGAGAAAAGUGCUAGGCGGGUUGGGGAAAAAAAAAAAAAAAGGAUAAUAAAAACCUAUACCCGGACAGAAAUAACUUCGGUUAGAGAGAAAAAGGUUGGUGACUUCCAGGAAGUGUUGAGCGAAUUAACCGGGUCCCAGAAAGAAGCGAAGGUGUUGAAAAGAUCAACCGGGAGGGUUGGAAGACUUCUGUGAAGGUUGAGAGUUAAACUUGUUGAAAAUCUGAUCUUCAAAGAAUAGUGAUAUUAAUAAAACAAAGGAAAACCGCAGGGAAAAAAACUUGGCUUGGCUUGAAGAUUAUUGGUGGAUGAAGAUCUGGGUUUAUUUCUUUGGAAGCAGAGAAAUGUCACAAUCGGAAAGCACCCAACGCCAAGAAUCUAAGAAAUUUGGGACUGCAAAUGUUUCCUGGUGUUUGUUGGACAGCAGAAGGUACAGUCACCUGGUUCAUCUGUUCUUGUAAGCCAAACAAUUGGAUUCAAAGCCAGCUUGAGUGGAAGAAAGGUAUACAGUAUUCUCCGUUAAGGAUCUUUUAAGGACCAAGUAUCCCGCGAGACUUUUAUCAGUUACCUGUUGGAUUGUCUGCUCAUCCCCUGGAGGUGUGUGAUAAGGGAAUAAGGUUGUGCCAGGCUAAAUCAGAUAGCAGAACAAUAGAAGAACCUAAUACAGUCGCAAACUGGAAGGGUGAGUUGAUAAAAUGGCAUAGAUUUUUUUUUUAAUCCUCAGGGGAAGAAAGAUAGGGCAGUAGCUGAAGAUUUAAAAAGAAAAACACCAGGAAGUGGUAAAGAGGAAAAAAAAUAGUAAUCAAACUCAGGCUGUUUACCCAGCCUGAAAUAAAUAUGGAGUAAAGAUUAUAGAUGAUAAAGGCUCGGUUGGUUCAAAACAACACCAAAUUGUUGGAACUGAAGAAGCCAUCAAAUCACAUCUAACAAGAAAAACGGUGGAGUGGUGAAUUUCAAAGCUAGGGUAUAUCCUAAAAUGGGGAGAGAAAUUGGAUCCUUAGAAAUUGCCAUCUGCAGCAUUCUAGACGCCAGUUCUGAGGUUUGAGCUCCUGUUUCUCUCCAAUGAAUUUAAUUCCCCCUCAUGCCUGAAUAAUUCACUUUCUGGAUUGCUGUGUUGAUCCAUUUGAUUUCCUUUCUAAAUAAGGAUUUGGUGGGUUCUGCAUGAACCCAUGCAGGCCAGGAAAAAAUACCUGUUCGUGACUCUCUUGGCCACGUGGCUUCUGCUUGUUUUGUUUGGGGGAGACCAAAUAAGACACUUGGCCUUUUUCUCCAGCAAAAAAGCUGAAGUCUUAAAGACCUGGCCUCGUUGGGCUGAUGAGUUUCUUCUCAAGAACUUUGCAGAUUCUGAGGAGCUCCAGAACAAUGAAAAGGACCACAGCGACGAAUCUCCAAAAAGCCGGCAGCAAUUGAGGUUGAGUGUUUACAAGAACAGCAGGUGCCGAAUGGAGACUUGCUUUGAUUUUUCCAAAUGUAGGGAACACGGGUUCAAAGUCUUUGUUUACCCCCUAGAAGGAGGGGAUCCUAUAUCGAAAAGUUACCUCAAAAUCAUCAGCUCCAUUGAAGAGUCACGUUAUUACACCUCAAACCCGGAGGAAGCGUGCCUGUUUGUUCUAAACAUUGACACACUGGAUAGGGACCAUCUCUCCAUACAAUAUGUCCAUAACAUCAACGAAAAAAUCCAAGGUUUCCGGCUUUGGAAUGAUGGACAAAACCAUCUCAUAUUUAACCUGUAUUCUGGCACGUGGCCUAAUUACACCGAAGAUUUGGGCUUUGACAUUGGACAGGCUAUCCUGGCCAAAGCCAGUUUUUAUGUGGAGAACUUUCGGCCUGGUUUUGAUAUCUCCAUCCCUUUGUUUUCGAAGGACCAUCCUCAAAAAGGUGGGGAAAGAGGCUGGUUAUAUAAGACUUCUCUCCCACCCAAGAAAAAGUAUCUCUUGGUUUUUAAAGGGAAGAGAUACCUGACCGGCAUUGGUUCCGACACCAGGAAUGCUCUCCGCCACAUCCAUAAUGGUAAAGACAUUAUUUCUCUGACCACAUGUAAACAUGGGAAAGACUGGGAGAAGCACAAAGACAAGCGAUGCGACAAAGAUAAUAUCGAAUAUGAAAAGUUUGAUUAUCAGGAGCUGUUGCACAACUCUACCUUUUGUAUCAUCCCCCGAGGGAGACGUUUGGGAUCCUUCCGGUUCCUAGAAGCGUUGCAGGCUGCUUGCAUCCCGGUCCUGCUCAGCAAUGGGUGGGAGCUGCCAUUUUCGGAGGUGAUUGAUUGGAGUAAAUCGUCCAGAGUUGGGGAUGAGCGGCUUCUUCUGCAGAUUCCAUCUACAGUCCGAUGUCUGAACAAUGACAAAAUCCUGGCCUUCCAACAGCAAACUCAGUUUUUGUGGGAAACAUAUUUUUCUUCUGUGGAGAAGAUUGUGCAAACCACUCUUGAGAUAAUAAAAGAUCGGAUAUUUCAUCAGGAAUCACGCCCAAAGUUCUUCUGGAACACACUUCCUGGAGGCUUGGUGGCCUUGCCAGAAUACUCCACUCAUCUCAACGACUUCCCUUUCUAUUAUCUGCAGCAAGGAUCCAGCCCCUCCGAGAAGUUUACAGCAUUAAUCCGGGCCGUCUCACCUAUUGUUUCCCUUUCCCAGCCCAUCCUCAAACUCAUCCAAGCUGUCUCCAGAUCCCAAUACUGUGCCAAGAUUUUAGUCUUAUGGAGCUGUGAGAAGCCAUCUCCACAGAAGUGGCCGCCGACCACAGUUCCCUUGACCGUCAUUUUAAGCAGCAACAAGGUCAGCGAACGGUUUUUGCCUUAUUCUGCCAUCGGAACGGAUGCUGUGUUGAGCCUUGAUGAAUAUACCAGUCUUUCAACCAGUGAGGUUGACUUUGCCUUUGUCGUAUGGAGAAAUUUCCCCAACCAGAUUGUAGGCUUCCCAAUGCGCAGCCAUUUUUGGGAUGCCAGCAAGACCCAGUGGAGCUACACUUCAAAAUGGACCAAUGAGUUCUCUAUGGUUCUCACUGCAGCAGCAUUCUAUCACAGGUUCUAUCACAGCCUCUUCAGCAACUAUUUGCCUGCCAAACUAAGGAGUUUUGUUGAUCAGAUUGCCAACUGUGAGGACAUAUUGAUGAACUUUCUGGUUUCUGCUGUAACCAAAUUGCCCUCCAUCAAAGUGACCCAGAAGAAGCAUCUCAGGGAGAGCCCACCUCAGCAGCUCCUGAAAAGUGCACCCGCCUCCAACAGCAGCCUACAUUUUGCACAACGGCAGGAGUGCAUCAAUCACUUUGCCGCCUGGUUUGGCUACAUGCCUCUGGUGCAUUCUCAGUUCCGCUUGGACCCAGUGCUGUUCAAGGAUCAGGUAUCUGUGCUACGGAAAAAGUACCGGCAACUGGAGAGGGACUAGGUCAGGAGAGAAGCCCACUGCCGCUCUCUGGGAAGGCGCGUGGAGAAGAAGACCCCAGCCAUGCUGGACUCACUGCUUACUCCAGGCCGUUGGUGCUAUGGCUGGAUUUUGGCUUGGGUUCACUGCAUUGAUGCCCUUUGAACUCUGGAUACUGAAAAGUGGAAACUCUCGCUGGCAGCCAGGGUGGUGCCAGAGGAAUCUUCCAGUUGUUCCGGAAUGUUCCAGUCUUUAUUGGGUUUUACCAGUAUCAAUAAAGUUUUGCAGAAAACAA